UUAAGACGACUUCCUUUAAAUGCUGUCUCAUUGUAUUACUGCUUAAAACUUAUUGCCCUAUUAAAUAUUGUUUCAGUUCCAAGCACGCUGUAUGUAUUUCUAUGAAUAAAAAGUUCUUACUCUAUUAGCUAUUAUGUCUUUCACUAGAUGAGCCUUUAUUAGCUGGUAGACUAAACCAGAGAGUUUAGUUCGCAUCUCAGUAACUCAUAGUGCUUCCAUUACAUGGUCAUGAGCCCAAAGUUUCUUUGCAUUCUGACCAUAUAUAUAUAUAUACACACACAUGAGUGGGGAAUGUAAAAUCUCCCCAACUAUUAAAUAAGGAUAUGUUGUCUUUACUGUAAAAUAUGUUUAGAGCUUUGUUCCAGUACUUUUAGUCAUCAUAUAAGGCGGAUCUAUACCUUAGCUGUGUCCACUACUACAUCAUUGGAUUCUCCAGAAGUACGCCAGAGCUGUAGAAACCCAGCUGAAAGCCCAUAGGAUAUUCACACCAGGUUUCAGGUUUGUAGAAAUACUUUAUACAUAAGACAUCACAUCGUAUGGAUCCACCUGGAAUGAUUGACCUCUUUACAUCGGGUAUUUGUUAGAUGAUGGAGCGUGCAUGCAAUUUAACUUGCAACAUUUCUUUAGUACUCAGAAUUAACUUUAUCAUGUGAAUGACCGAGGUGGUAAUUAGAAUAUUGUUUGGUUCUGUGUGUGUGAAGCUGUGGUUAUAUUCGUCUCUAGUUUGUCUUGAUCCAACAUUUUUAGGCAAUUUUCAGUUUAAGGCCAUACCGGAGUGUGGGGCUUAGUUCCUGUUUACUUGAUGCAUUAGUUCCAGAUAUUAAUGACACCAAAUGCAAGGAGAUCAGCAUUAUUAAGCAAGAAAUGACCAAACUGACGGAGUUUGAUAAUUCCUCAGUUUUGAGCCCAGCUGGUUGAAGCUCUGAAAAAGUGGGCACUGGAAAGCUUUCAACAAGGACAGUCUUUGGAGGAUGGUUGCUCCUACCUACAUGCAGGAUACUGUUGGAUAAUGCCGCAUUGGUCAAACUGAACCUGGUAUGCCAUGUUUCCCUAUGUUUCUGCCAUGGAGGUGAAAGAUGAUGACCAAUGUGAUGUAGGCUGGUCACACAGAGUUGAAAUGUCUGUGACUAGUUUAAAAUGCCUGUGUUGAUGGACUUUCAUUUGGGGUGGGGUGUUUGAAAAUCUACUUAUGUACUUCAUAUAAUAAAAGUUGUGAACAAAACAUCUGAAUCAGUGUCUUACUGGGAUUUUCAUGCUGAUGUUGAGAUUGUAUCUCUUUCUUUUCAGAAAAGGUGUUGCAAGUUUAAAGCCACCUAAAAUAGGAAUACUAUGUAUAUAAUACCCAGGUUUGUUUGGCCAUUAUUUUUGAUAAAGGUGGGGUUGUGGUCCUGGAAUAAUUACACAAAAGACCCUUGUGAUUGGACCAUGAAUUAACAUGUGGAGCACUUCUGACAUAAAAACAUAAUGUACAAUAAAUGCAGUCUAAACAAAAUCCACCUUAAUUUUGUUACACCAUGUGAGAUUUACCCUCUGCAUUUCUUGUGUCCUAUUUAAAUGGUCAUUGAGCAUGAUUCUCAUUUCCUCUUGGAGCAAAAUGUGGUUGGUUCAACCAAGUUUAUCACCCAUAUAAUCUCUGCAUGUACUGUCAUUAUGGUAGUGCAGUCUUCACUUUUGUGGUAGAUUGAGUCUUGAUGGGCAUUUCUUUAGUGCGAUUUUAUCUAAGGUUUGAGUAACAAUGAUGUUCAUUAUGUUUCAGGGGACAACUAAUAAAAUUACUGGUUCCUAUUCUGAACCACACCCCAAAACAUAAUUACCUAGUGUGGAUAUACACUCACUGAGCACUUUAUUAGAGAAACAAUACUAUUACUGUGUAGAGCCUCCCUUUGCUCUCAAAACUGCCUGAAUUCUUCAUAGCAUGGAUUGCAUAAGAUGAACAUUCCUUGGAGAUUGUGGUCUAUGUUAAAAUGUUUGCAUCAUGCAGUUCCUGUAGAUUUCUCAGGUGAACUUUCAUGCUGCACAGCUGUUCUACCACAUCUGAAAAAGAUAUUCUAUUGUUCAGUUCAGGUUCAAGUGGCUUUGUCAUUUCAGCCACAUACAGCUGGUACAGUGCACAGUGAAAUGAAAACAUUCUUUCAGGACCGCGGUGCUACAUAAAACAAGACACUAACUGCAUGAGAACACAACUAAAUAAGCUCGACACAGUUUUACAAAGUGCACCAGUGUACUACUAAUCUCUAAGAUUUUAGAAAAGGUUGUAGCAAAGCAGUUAUGCUCGUACUUAGAUAGGAAUAACAUUCAUGAAAUGUAUCAGUCAGGAUUUAGACCUCAUCAUAGCACAGAGACAGCGUUAGUUAAAGUAGUAAAUGACCUACUGACCUACGAUCAGGGUUGUGUCUCGCUGCUUGUGUUACUCGACCUUAGUGCAGCUUUUGAUACUAUAGAUCACACUAUUCUCCUUGAUAGAUUACAAAAUGUUGGUAUUAAGGGAACAGUCCUCUCCUGGCUCAGGUCUUAUCUGACCGAUCGUUAUCAGUUCGUAGAUGUAAAUGGUGAUUUCUCCAUGCGUACUGAGGUUACUUUUGGAGUUCCACAGGGUUCUGUUUUAGGCCCACUGCUCUUUACUUUAUAUAUGCUACCCCUAGGACAAAUUAUUCGUAAACAUGGAAUUAGCUUCCACUGUUAUGCUGAUGAUACACAGUUGUAUGUUUCAGCGAAGCCAGAGGACAGACAGAAGCUUAGUAUAGUUGAGGAUUAUGUAAAGGACAAUAGACAUUGGAUGUUAACUAACUUCCUUCUACUUAAUUCUGAUAAAACAGAAAUACUUUUAUUAGGCCCACGUGUAGCUAGGAGUAAUCUUUCUGAUCACAUGGUUACUCUGGAUGGUCUUUCUGUUUCAUCAUGUACAGCAGUUAAAGACCUUGGAGUGAUUAUUGACUCCAGCCUAUCAUUUGAUGCUCAUGUAGAUAAUAUUACUAGGAUAGCUUUCUUUCAUCUCAGAAAUAUUUCUAAAAUAAGAAACAUAUUGUCACUACAUGAUGCGGAAAUACUAGUUCAUGCAUUCGUCACCUCUAGAUUAGAUUACUGUAAUGCCUUACUGUCUGAAUGUUCCAGUAGGAAUAUAAAUAAGCUCCAGUUAGUCCAGAAUGCAGCUGCUAGAGUCCUAACUAGAACUAGAAGAUACGACCAUAUCACACCAAUAUUAUCAAUACUGCAUUGGCUCCCAGUAAAAUCUCGCAUUAACUAUAAAAUACUUUUAUUAACCUAUAAAGCACUAAACGGUCUCGCGCCACAAUAUCUAAGCGACCUUUUGGUUUUAUAUGAUCCGCCACGCCUACUUAGGUCAAAAGAUGCAGGCUAUUUGACGGUACCUCGAAUAGUGAAGGCUACAGCAGGGGGGAGAGCUUUCGCUUAUAGAGCCCCACAGUUAUGGAACAGUCUUCCAAUUAGUGUUCGGGACUCAGACACAGUCUCAGUGUUUAAGUCUAGGCUUAAAACGUAUUUGUUUACUCAAGCCUACCCUGACUAGAUUCUGUUCUACUACUUCGCAGUCAUAAUAAUCUUUUUUUCUCCCUCUCUCCUUUCGCCGAGCCCCACACGAAUUUAUGGAGAUACUAGAGAUCCAGAUCCUUUCUGCCUCUGGAUGGAGCUCAAAUCUUCUCUAAUUCCAGACUGCUGGGACUACGGCUGCUCCUAAGGCCAUACAGACUUCAUAUAAAUCCAUAAUGAAAUUUUUCACACUAACUGUUGUUACCCAGAUGAGGAUGGGUUCCCUUCUGAGUCGGGUUCCUCUCAAGGUUUCUUCCUCUUAAAACAUCUUAGGGAGUUUUUCCUUGCCACCGUCGCCACUCAGUGGCUUGCUCAGUUGCGAUAAAUUCACACCUUUAAUAUCUGUAUACCAUGUUAAUAUUUCUGUAAAGCUGCUUUGAGACAAUGUCUGUUGUAAAAAGUGCUAUACAAAUAAAAUUGAAUUGAAUUGAAUUGAACUAAAAUAGGACAAUAGGUGCAGUAAGUGACAAUGUAGCGCCGACCAGUAUUAGCUU